AACGAUUCAAUGUGUAUCUUAUGCCUACACCAAAUUUAGAUAUCUAUGGGGAAUGUACAAUGCAGAUCACACAUGAAAACAUCUAUCUCUGGGACAUCCACAAUGCCAAGGUCAAGUUGGUCAUGUGGCCUCUGAGCUCUUUGAGGAGAUACGGACGUGAUUCUACAUGGUUCACAUUUGAGUCUGGAAGGAUGUGUGACACAGGAGAAGGGCUGUUCACCUUUCAGACACGAGAAGGGGAAAUGAUAUAUCAGAAAGUCCAUUCCGCAACACUGGCAAUAGCAGAGCAGCAUGAAAGAUUAAUGAUGGAGAUGGAGCAGAAGGCACGGCUCCAGACCAGUCUGUCUGAACCAAUGACAUUAUCCAAGUCGAUCUCACUUCCUCGUAGUGCAUAUUGGCAUCAUAUCACCCGGCAGAACAGCGUUGGAGAAAUCUACAGUUUACAAG